AUGGGUAGCCUUGGGAAGCCUCAGUUCUACAACAUCAUCAACAGCGAGAAACGCAGCAGUGUAAAGAAUCACCAGGUGACUGAUCCACGGACGGAAGAGCCGCUAUGGGACGCCCCCAUUGCCUCUGCUGAGGACCUUGAAGAGGCCAUCGCCGCAGCCAAUAAGGCAUUCAAGACAUGGUGCAAAUCAACAAUUGCAGAACGCCAGGAGGCGUUGAAAAAGAUGGCGGAUAUCGUCAAGGACAAUUCUGAUGAGCUGAGUGAGCUCACCAUGAGAGAGACCGGCAAAUCUAGCCUGAUGGGACAUAUCGAAAUGAGAAACACCAUUGAUCAGAUCCAUGUCGUGUCCUCACAAGCUCUCGAGGACGAAGUUCAGUUCGAAGACGACAAGUUCCGCAUUAUCGCGACACACCAGCCUCUCGGCGUGGUUGGCGCUAUCUGCCCUUGGAAUUUCCCUGUUAUUCUCUGUAACCUCAAGAUCGUCUCGGCCCUCAUCACCGGCAACUGCGUCAUCGUCAAGCCCUCGCCCUUCACGCCAUAUGCAGUGCUGCGCUUUGUCGAGCUCUGCAUCCCUAUCCUUCCCCCUGGCGUGCUUCAGGCCGUCAACGGUGGCGCCGAGCUUGGUGCCCUCAUGACUAGCCACCCGGGCAUCGCCAAGAUUAGCUUCACCGGCACUACGGCCACGGGCAAACGCGUCAUGGCAGCCUGCUCGAAGACCCUCAAGCAGGUGACGCUCGAGCUGGCAGGCAACGACGCCGCCGUCGUGUGUCCAGAUGUCGACAUCCCCAAGGCGGUCGGGCUGAUCGCAGCGGGAAGCUUCUUCAACGCGGGCCAGAUGUGCGUGGCCACGAAGCGCGUGUACGUGCACGAGGACAUUUACGACGAGUUUCUCGACAAGUUCAUCGCCGAGACGAGGGAGAAGUACACCAUUGUCGAGGACGGUGCCGCCCCGACUGUGUUUGGGCCGGUGAGCAACAAGAUGCAGUUUGACAUCGUCAAGAAGUUCAUCGAUGAUGCGAAGACGCGAAACGCCAAGGUGACGGUCGAUGAUAGCCCGCUGCCGGAAAAGGGGUACUGGAUCCCACCCACUGUUGUGGCCGAACCGCCAGAAGACUCCCUGGUGGUGCAGGAAGAGCAAUUCGGCCCAGUGAUCCCAAUUCUGAAAUGGUCGUCUGAAGAUGACGUGCUGGCUCGUGCCAACCUCGCCAACGCUGGUCUUGGUGCCACAGUCUACUCCAAGGACCUUGCGCGUGCUGAGAGUAUUGCCCGGAGGCUUGACGCCGGCUCCGUGUACAUCAAUACUCACGAGAUGCCAAACCCGAAUGCUUACUUCUCCGGCUUCAAGGAUAGUGGAGUUGGUGGAGAGAUGGGAAAGCAAGGAUUGAAGUCGUACUGCUAUACCAAGAGCAUACAUUUUGCGAAGUGA